CGCCCUCAUAUGCAGAGGCGCUUGCAGACAAAGAGGGCGGCCGCGGGAGGCCGGGGAGCAGCUGUUGUUUUCACCAGCAAAAAGGAAAAGGAAAGAAAAAAGCGAGGAAGCCGAAUUGCAAAUUCCCACCCCAAAAAAACGGGUUUAACCAGUUGCUGAGUGUUGGGAGAAGGAUCCCUUUGCCCCAGCGUGAAAAUAGGCGGAGAAGCCCCGCACCAGAGAGUGGCAUCCUCCUCCUUGGCUAUCCUGCAGAUCCCCGGGUGGAUCUUGGCACCUGCAGCGAUCCGGAGAGAGUGGAAAUCGCCCGCGUCCUCGGUUCCGCAGGGGGCCCGUUUCCUGAUCCUGGAGGGUCCCUCGGGGAAGUGGGACUUCUGUAUACGACGCGUUGCUCAGACGGGAGACAAAUUGGCGUGUGGAUUGCAGUUCUUGGUUGUUGUUGUUUUUGCCCUUUGAAUUUGGAAGGGGAAGGCACGGGAUCUUGCCUGGGAUGUCUCCCAGGAAAACAAAUAAACAGAGAUCAAUAUUUAUGAGGCUAUCCUAAGAUCUUUGGACUGUUAUUUAAUCGAAGUGAAAUUAAAGGAGGAACUUCCUAAGAGUGAGGACAAUGAACCAGUGGAACAGCUUGCCAUAGGAAGUUGUGGCUUUUUAAGAGGCUUUUAAGAAAAGACUGAGCAGCCACCUCUCUGAAAUGGCAUAGGGUAUUGAGCAGGGGGGGUCAGACUAGAAGACCUCCAAGGUCCCUUCCAGCUCUAUUCUGAUUGAUGGAUUGAAAGUCAACUUUGUGGAGAAGUGACUUGACUAGGUAGGAUGGAAUUCCUGUGGUCUUCAGGGAGAGGAGCCGCCAAAAACUGGGAGCCUGUCAUUUGGGCUGGAAGCAGAGGGGACUUUGGGGGAAGUGGCAGCCCAGGAAGCAUCUCCGAGGGUCCUCGCAGCUCCGAGGCUGAGCGCUGGGGCUUCCGCAGCUGCCGCUACUGGGAGGCCGAGGGGCCCCGGGCGCUUUGCAGCCGCCUGCACCGGCUGUGCCGGGGGUGGCUGCGGCCCGAGCGGAGCAGCAAAGCCGAGAUGCUGGACCUGGUGGUGCUGGAGCAGCUGCUGGCCCUGCUGCCCCCGGAGCUGUCGGGCUGGCUGAGGGAGUGCGGGGCGGAGAGCUGCGCCCAGGCGGUGGCCCUGGCUGAAGGCUUCCUGCUCGGCCCCGCAGCCCCCGAGGAGCUGGCAAAGGGGCAGAUACAGGAACUGUUCAUGGAGGAGAUCUCAGCAGACUCCCAGGGAAGAGAUCAACCCAGUCCUUCUCGGGAGCUUUUCUGGAGCAUCUCACCAGAAGACCCACCUCAGCUCACUUCCCCAUGGCAGGGAAGAACAUCAAUGGAAACCUAUGAAAUGGUACCUGUUUGUGAUGGAGCAGAAGUAGCAUGUCUGCCACCGACUCAGGGCUUCAUAUCCUUUGAGGAAGUGGCUGUGGACUUCACGCUGGAGGAAUGGGCGCUACUCGAUUGGAGCCAAAAAGCCUUGUGGAGGGAGGUCAUGCUAGAGAUAUUUCUGAAUAUAGCCGCUCUGGCAGGUUAUGGGCAGAGCGAUGAGAAUGACCAGCACGCAUGGUUAGCACCCCUGCAAACAGCUGAGUAUGAAAUGGAAGAAGUGAUGUUUGGCCACCAAGGGGGUCCAAAAAGCCAAGAGGAAAGCAACACAGAAGAUGGAGGAGAGAGUUCUUCCACUUCUCUCCCCUUUGAAAUCCAUCCAUUUCUUAUCCAGGAAGCUCAGGAAGAAAACACAAAUGGAAGAUACGCCAGAUGUGGCCAAGGAGAGGAAAAUAUGUUUAAUUUACAUGAAUAUUGUAGCAGCCAGGCUAAAAGGAAACAGUAUGGUUGCGGACAAUAUGGAAGAAAUGUUAAUACUUUCUUCUCUCUUGGUUUACCCAAAAAACUCUACGGGAAACACAAACCACAUAGAUUUAUAAAAUUUGGGAGAAGUUUUACUCUGAGCACUUAUGUUAAUUCCCAUGAAGAAUUUCACGCAGAGGUGAAGCUGUGUAAAUGCAUGAACUGUGGAAAGAGCUUCAGUACAAACAGUAACCUCCUUCGCCAUCAAAUGAUCCACACAGGUGAAAAGCCAUAUAAAUGCCUGGAGUGCGGAAAGAGAUUCAUUGAGAACAGAGAUCUUACUCGUCACAGAAGGAUCCACACAGGGGAGAAACCAUAUAACUGCAUAGUGUGUGGAAAGGCCUUCAGAACAAAUGGUCAUCUGACUCGCCAUCAGAAGGUCCACACAGGUGAAAAACCAUACAAAUGCAUGGAUUGUGGGAAGAGCUACAUUGAAAGCAGAGAUCUUACUUGUCAUAAAAGGAUCCACACGGGGGAGAAACCAUAUCAAUGCAGAGAGUGUGGAAAGAGCUUCCCUCGGAAUAGUGCCCUGAUUUGCCAUCAAAAAAUCCACACCGGAGAGAAACCUUAUAAAUGCAUGGAAUGUGAGAAGACCUUCAUUAAGAAAGGACAACUCAUUUCCCAUCAGAGGAUCCACACAGGUGAAAAACCAUACAAGUGUAUGGAAUGUGGAAAGAGCUUCAGUAGAAGCAAUAAUCUUACGUCCCAUCAAAGGAUCCACACAAGGCAGAAACCGUACAAAUGCACGGAGUGCGGAAAGAGUUUUAACUAUAACAGUGGCCUUUCUCGCCAUCAGAGGAAACACACGGGUGAGAAACCGUAUAAAUGCACAGUGUGUGGGAGGAGCUUUAUUCAGAACGGACAACUUAUUUCCCAUCAAAGGGUCCAUACAGGUGAGAAACUGUAUACCUGCACGGAGUGUGGGAAGACCCUCAGUAGCAAGAGUGCCAUUGCCUACCAUCGAAGAAUCCACACCGGGGAGAAACCCUAUAAAUGCGCAGAGUGUGGAAAGACCUUUAUUCAGAAAGGGCAACUUAUUUCCCAUCAAAGAUUUCACACGGGGGAGAAACCCUAUAAAUGCACGGCAUGUGGAAAGAGCUUCAGCAGUAGCAGUGCCGUUAACUACCAUCAAAGAAUCCAUGCUGGUGAGGAAACAUACAUUCACAAGAGGACAGAUUUGAUAGAGCAGUUGCCUUGCCAUAUAACUGAACCAGACAUAGAAAUAGGUGAGAGGAAGGCUGAGGUAGCACCCGGAGACCGAAUGGAGGCCCGCCGGGGGUCUCGCCUUCAGGCGGGGAGCAGCUGCGGCGAAGAGUCCGGCGGGGGAAGCGGCGUCCCGAGCGGCCUCCGCGAGGGUCCUCGCAGCUCCGAGGCUGAGCGCUGGCGCUUCCGCAGCUGCGCCUCCCGGGAGGCCGAGGGGCCCCGGGCGCUUUGCAGCCGCCUGCACCGGCUGUGCCGGGGGUGGCUGCGGCCCGAGCGGAGCAGCAAAGCCGAGAUGCUGGACCUGGUGGUGCUGGAGCAGCUGCUGGCCCUGCUGCCCCCGGAGCUGUCGGGCUGGCUGAGGGAGUGCGGGGCGGAGAGCUGCGCCCAGGCGGUGGCCCUGGCCGAAGGCUGCCUCCUCGGCCCCGCAGCCGCCCCGGAGCCCGGAAAGGGGCGGCAGAUGCAGGAGCUGUUAACAAGGGAGAUCUCAACAGAGCUCCAGGAAAGAGAAGAUAGAUCCAGUCCUUCUCAAGAGCUAUUUUUCAGGAGGAUCCAACUCUGGCCACCUUGCCAGGGGUCUAAUUUCUUUGAAGAGGUGGCUGUGGACUUCACAGAGGAGGAGUGGGCACUGUUGGAUCCCAGAGAGAGGGCCUUAUGCAGUGAGGUCCUGCUGGAGGUUUCUAGGAAUAUGGCUGCUCUGAUAGGUGAUGGGCUGGAGAAUGAGAACGACAAGCAGGUGAGAUUAAUGCCACUGCAAACAACAAACCAUGAGGUAGAAGAAAUAAUGCUUGACUAUGAAGGAGCUCCAAAAACUCAAGAGAGAAGACAGUCAGAAGACAUGGGGGACAGUUCCUCCACUUCUCCUCUUGUUGAAAUCCAUGGUUUCCUGACCCAACAAGGUCAGAAAGGGAAGAAAAAGGGAAAAUCCAGCAAAAGGGAGGAAAAUAAGUUUGAUUUGCCUGAGUAUAGCAGAAGUCAGUCUAAAGGCUUUAUAAAUUAUGGAAAAUACAUCAAUAAUUUUUUCUCUCUUACUUUACUUAAGAAACUGUAUAGGAAAUACAAAUCACAUCCAUUUAUAAAAGUUGGUAAGGAUUUCAAUCUGAGCAGAGACAUGAAACUGUGUAUGAAGUCUGGAAAGAGCUUCACUAUGAACAGUAUUUUUAAUCACCAUCAGAGGAUCCACAAGGGGGAAAGAACUUAUAAAUUCAUGGAGUGUGGAAAAAGCUUUUGUCAGGAUGGAAUGCUUACUCAUCAAAAAAGGAUCCACACAGGCGAAAGACCAUAUAAAUGCCUAGAGUGUGGAAAGGGAUUUACUCGCAAAGGACAUCUUACUUGUCAUGAAAGGAUCCACACAGGGGAAAAACCUUAUAAAUGCACUGAGUGUGGAAAAGCCUUCAGAACAAAUGGCCAUCUGAUUCGUCAUCACAGGAUCCAUACAGGGGAGAAAACAUAUACUUGCAGGGAGUGUGGAAAGCGAUUCAUUGAGAAUAGAGAUCUCAUUACCCAUCAAAGGACCCACACAGGGGAGAGUCUCUAUAAAUGCCCUGACUGUGGAAAGAGCUUUACUCAGAAAGGACAACUUAAUUCUCAUCAAUGGGUUCACACAGGGGAGAAACCUUACAAAUGCCCAGAGUGUGGAAAGGGCUUCAGUACAAACUGUAAUCUGGCUCGCCACCAAAAGAUCCACACAGGGGAAAGACCAUAUAAAUGCCUGGAGUGUGGAAAGAGCUUUUUUGACAAUAAAGAUCUUACUCGCCACCAAAGGAUCCACACGGGAGAUAAACCAUAUAAAUGCCUGGAAUGUGGAAAGAGCUUUGCUCAGAAAGGACAACUUAAUUCCCAUAAAAGAAUCCACACUGGUGAGAGACCGUAUAAAUGUAUGGCAUGUGGAAAGCAGUUCACUCAGAAAGGAAAUCUUACUGAGCAUGAAAGAAUCCACACAGGGGAGAAACCAUAUAAAUGUACUGAAUGUGAAAAGAGCUUUGCUAAGAAAAGACAGCUUAAUUCUCAUAAAAGGAUCCACACAGGGGAGAGACCACAUAAAUGCAUGGAGUGUGGAAAGAGCUAUUUCGAUCAGAGAGACCUUACCUGCCACCUAAGAACCCACACAGGGGAUAACCCAUAUAAAUGCCUAGAAUGGGAAAAGACCUUGAUUGUCAACAGAGACCUUAUUUGCCAACAAAGUAUCCACACAAGGGAGGAACCAUAUAAAUCAAUUGAGUGUGAAAAAGACUUUAAUGACUACAGCAUCUUUACAUCUUAUAAAGAGAUCCACACAGGAGAAAUGGAAUGUGGAACAAGCUUCAUUGAAAAUGCGCUUAGUUCUCAUCAAAAGAUUCAUACAGAAAAAAUAUAUAUAAAUCCAUGGAAUGAGAUUCCCACAAGAAAAUACCUAAGUGCUCGCAUGCGGAAGGAGGGCUCUGCGAGGACAGGGCGGGGCGAGAAGUUUUGGCGGGAAGGAUUUGCAACUCCUGUGCUGAGGCGCAGAAACUCUGAGGGGAGCGGAGCCCGCAUUCUCCUCCCCCCCUAUGAAACCGGGAAAGUGGCGGUCGAUGGCGGAGGCUCUGCCCUGGCUGAAAGAAGCCUUUGGGAGUCGCUGAAGCCGGAGGCCAAAUACCAAAUGGAAGCCCAAGGAUCUUCAAAGGCGGCGGUAGCAGCAGCCCCCAGUACCCUCCAGGCGAGAAGAGGCGGCGGGGAAUCAGGCGAGGGAAGCGGCCUCCCGGAGGAGCCACGCAGCUCCGAGGCUGAGCGCUGGCGCUUCCGCAGCUGCGGCGCCCGGGAGGCCGAGGGGCCCCGGGCGCUUUGCAGUCGCCUGCAUCGGCUGUGCCGGGGGUGGCUGCGGCCCGAGCGGAGCAGCAAAGCCGAGAUGCUGGACCUGGUGGUGCUGGAGCAGCUGCUGGCCCUGCUGCCCCCGGAGCUGUCGGGCUGGCUGAGGGAGUGCGGGGCGGAGAGAUGCGCCCAGGCGGUGGCCCUGGCCGAAGGCUGCCUCCUCGGCCCCGCAGCCGCCCCGGAGCCCGGAAAGGGGCGGCAGGGCUCUGAUCCCUUUGAGGAGGUCACUGUGGACUUCACAGAAGAGGAGUGGGCACUGCUGGAUUCAGGCCAGAGAGAUUUGUGCAAAGAAGUCUCACUGGAGGCUUUUAGGAAUAUGUCUGCCGUGGAUGAUGGAAUGGAGAAUGAGAAGGAGGAAAGGUUAAUGCCACUGCAAACAACAAGUUAUGAAGUAGAACUUAUUGAUCAUGAAAGGAUUCACACAGGAGUGAAACCAUAUAAAUGCACAGAGUGCGGAAAGAGAUUUUGUUUCAAGCGUAAUCUUAAGCGCCAUGAGAGGAUCCAUAGCGGGGAGAAACAAUAUAGCUGCAUGGAGUGUGGAAAACGUUUCACUCAGAAAAGUACUCUUUCUGAUCAUGAAAGGGUUCACACAGAAGUAAAACCAUAUAAAUGCACAGAGUGUGGAAAGAACUACCGUUUCAGGUGCAAUCUUAAUCGCCAUGAGAUGAUCCAUAGACGGGAGAAACAACAUAGCUGCAGGGAGUGUGGAAAGAGAUUCUUUCAGAACACAGCUCUUACCAUCCAUCAAAGGAGUCACACAGGGGAGAAACCAUAUAAAUGCCUGGAGUGUGGAAAGAGUUUUAUUUCAAAUGGAAAUCUUAAUGCUCAUAAAAGAAUCCACACAGGGGAGAGACCAUUUAAGUGCAUGGAGUGUGGAAAGCAGUUCAUUCGGAAAAGAGAUCUUACUGAUCAUGAAAGGGUUCACACAGGAGUGAAACCAUAUAAAUGCACAGAGUGCGGAAAGAGAUUUCGUUUCAAGCGUAAUCUUAAGCGCCAUGAGAGGAUCCAUAGCGGGGAGAAACAAUAUACCUCUGUGGAGUGUGGAAAACAUUUCACUCAGAAAAGUUCUCUUUCUGAUCAUGAAAGAGUUCACACAGAAGUAAAACCAUAUGAAUGCACAGAGUGUGGAAAGAACUACCGUUGCAGGUGCAAUCUUAAUUGCCAUGAGAUGAUCCAUAGAACGGAGAAACAACAUAGUUGCAUGGAGUGUGAAAAAGGAUUCUAUGAGAGGACAGAUCUUACUAUCCAUCAAAGGAUGCACACAAGGAAGAAACUGAAUAGUUGUGAGGAAUGUGGAAAGGCUUUUGUUUUAAUAGGAGAACUUAAUUUUCAUAAAAGUCACACAGGUGAGAAAGUAAAUAAUUGCAUAGAGAGUGAAAGUAGUUUCAAUUUCAGGAAUAGUCUCGAUAACCAUGAGAGGAUCCACAGAAGGGAGAAAAAACAUAGCUGCAGGGAGUGUGGAAAGAGAUUCUUUAAAAACAGAGAGCUUACUAUCCAUCAAAGGAGUCACACAGGGGAGAGACCAUAUAAAUGCCUGGAGUGUGGGAAGAGCUUUAUUUCAAAAGGAAAUCUUAAUUCUCAUAAAAGAAUCCACACAGGGGAGAGACCAUUUAAGUGCAUGGAGUGCGGAAAGCAGUUCAUUAGGAAAACACAUCUUUCUGCUCAUGAAAGGGUUCACACAGGAGUGAAACCAUAUAAAUGCUCGGAGUGUGGAAAGACCUUCCGUUUCAGGAGCAAUCUUAAUAGUCAUGAGAGAAUCCACAGAGAGGAGAAACAAAAUAAUUGAAUGGUGUGUGGAAAAGGAUAUGAGGGGAAACAUUACUAUGCAUCAAUCAAUCAAUCAAAUGUUUAUUGUCAAUGCACAACAUGUGUACAAUGAAAUUGAAAAGGAUAUGCAAAGGAGAGCCCCUAUAAACACUCUGUAUAUACAACAAGCUCCCAUUUCAAAAGUUCUCUUAGUUCCCAUGAGAGGAUGCACAAACUCCUACAGAGAGUCUGGAAAAGGAUUCUGAGAGGAGAGACCUUAUAGCUAUUAAAGGAUUCAUAGAGUAGAAAGACCGUAUAAAUGGAAAGAGUAUGGAAAGGGCUUCAAUACAAACUUUCAUGUGGCUCGACACAAGAGAUCCACACAGGGAUUAAACUGGAACAUGGAAAGAGCUUUACUUAGGUGUCAACUUUGAGACAGAUUGGGGGUGUCGCAGCCAUUUUCUCUGUUUCUCAGCUUGACACACUUUGGGGGAAAGUGGGAGCUUUGGAAUAUCAGACCAGACAUCAACAACUUACUAUCUUGUGGGAACCAAGGUUAUUUAACAGGUGCUGGCCAGAGACUGGAAGAGGUUUCCAAGGAGAUGCCAGAACACCUGACUGAACAAUGUGACCUGUGACAAGGAGGGAGGGAGCUGUCUAACCUUUAAUUACUGAAAGUGUGGGAAAUAGCCAGAGCUGGUUUUGUUUUUCAACUGUGCUGAA